AUGUCUUGGCGAGGUGCAGCGCAGAAUCCGGAAAAUACCGCUCCGACGCCGACAGGAACGGAUGGGCAGGCCACAAGUCCAUCCCCGCCGGCCCCCGCUUCGACCGCAUAUCACACUGAGCAUGCCCAGCGCGAGUCAGGCGUUUCGGCCCAUCCAGUCGACGCCUACUCGCUGUCCAACCGACCACAGUCUGCCGGUACCACUCCGCAUCAUCCCGGAUCCAUCACCGCAGCACCCUACUUCCACCUCCCUCCGCCACCCGCAGACGCGCAUCUCGCACACCCGGGUCCAGCACCUCCAACGCAAUACAACAACCACAUGCAGCCUCAGUACCCCAUCUUCCCGGCGAAAGAGACGGGCUAUGGCCAUGGGUAUGGGUAUCAGCCCAGCCCGUAUGUCGGUCCUGGGGCGCCCAUCCAUGACAAUGGAAAGAUCGUCGGUGGACCAGUGGCGGGGGUAAGCGUGAGGUACGCCUUGAUGGCCAUCCACACGGUCCUCACAAUCAUCGUUAUCGCCCUUACCGGUGUUUACUACCUAGACAUCAUCAACAUCAGCUUCUUGAGCGCCAUGGCUCUCGCCUUCCUCAUCUACAUCCCGGCCGCCUUCGGGUUGACUGUCGCGAGGAGGAGGAACCACUUUGAUCACGCCGGCGGAGAGGUAGCGUACCUGGUGAUCCAGCAGGUCGGAUGGCUCGCAAUCGGCAUCACCAACAUCCUCUACCUCGCCUUCACCGAUUGCGAAGAGCGGGACCGGAUCUACUCGUACGACGACGGAUACUACAUGUGGACGUACAUCUACGCAAACGUCUGCCAGUGGUCCCCCGUGAUCCUCGGGUUGAGCUUCGCCCAGAUGCUCCUAUUGAUGGGUUGGAUGAUCUGGAUCAUCGUGGAGGUGCACAGGCGGAGUCCGGCGGAUCCAAAUAGGGGGUUCCAAGUCAGCACGGCGUGGCUCCUGCGGGGAUGGCGGGCGUGA